AGCGCCGCGUGUCUGUCACGUGACACUCACGUGACGUCACGCGUCAAGAUGGCGGCCGCGGUCUCCGGCGAAGAUUUCGACAACUUGCAGCUUCUCCUGAAGGCGCCGUCUAAAGACGCCGUGAAGGACGUUUGUGUUCAGAGUCACAGACGAGCGAGUCGACGGCUGAUAGAGACGACGACGGAGACGCUGAACAUCAGCCCGGCUGAGGCUGCUGGGCUGGUCCAGUCUCUCCAUGUUCUCUCUCAUCACGUUCUCUUCUACAACCUCGGUUCUCCGGAGCAGAUCCUUCAUCUGUUCCCCGACUCGUUCCACUCCAGCCUGAAGAACCUGAUCACCAAGAUCCUGCUGGAGAACAGCUCGACGUGGAGAACCGAAGCUCUCAGAGAUCAGAUCUCUCUCCCCCAGCUGAAGGAGGUGGACUGGAGAGUCGACAUGGUAACCGGCUCAGACUCAGUCAGUCGGAUGUCCAUCCCGACCGUCCUGGUUCAGCUCAAGAUGGAGGACCCGAGUCCGUUGGCGGGCGGAGAGACGGUCUCCAUGGUGACGGUGGAGUUGAGCCGGGAGUCUCUGGACCCGAUCCUGGAGAGACUGGGACGCAUCAGAGACCAGCUGUCUGCGGUCGCUGGGACACGAGACAGCUGAUUGGUCCGUUCAGAGGAUGACAUCAUCGAAGUGUUUUGAGAACUAAUUUAAUAAAUAAAUCUGUAAAAAACUA